AAUAUAUUUAAAUCUAAAUUUAAUAAUUUGAUAAAUAAUCUGAUCUGUAAAUAAUAAUAAUUUUUCGCCACCCUUAUUUUUGUUGUUGUCCUGAAUAGUAUGUCAUAUAUGAAAAACUGUCCUUUAGAUUGUAAAGUUUAUGUCGGAGAUUUGGGCAAUGGUGUACCGUCUCAUGAAUUAGAAGCUGCCUUUAGUAAGUAUGGCAGAUUAAAAAAUGUAUGGGUUGCAAGAAAUCCACCUGGCUUUGCUUUUGUCGAAUUUGAAGACCCUAGGGAUGCAGAUGAUGCAGUUAGAGCUCUUGAUGGAACUAAGAUAUGUGGUGUCAGGGUUCGUGUGGAAUUGUCACAUGGAAAAAGUAAAAGCAAAGAUUCUGGAGGUCGAAGAAAUAAUAACAAUUCACGUUAUGAUGAUGAUCGUGAUAGAAGGAGAAAUCGGAGAUACUCGAGAUCGAAUAGCCGUGGAAGGUCCAGAAGCUAUAGCAGAGGAAGAGGUAAAUAUGAUUAACAAGAUUUUAGCUGUGUGUGAUAAGAUUUAUCUUCAUUCAGAAAAUUUUUAUAUAAUAAAUUUUUAUUUAUAAUAAUACUGAUCACAAUUUUAUUAUAUGUGUAUAUUUGUAAAAUUAAUUAUAAAAUUUAUUUUUAUAUCAUAAAGCUGCUUGGUAAGCCAUGUUAAGUGGGAACCCUAGAUUUAUUAAUUUUUUACUUAGACUUUAUUUGGUAGUACAUUUUUAUAAUAAACAAUUUUUAGUUGUUA